AUGCCACAUUGUAACCGAGGUAAACAAGUUGCCAUGGAUUUCGCUGAUCAGCUUCCCUCCUACUAUCGAUUCUGUCCUACAGAUUCAGAGCUCAUUGUAGACUGCCUGAACGCCAAGAUCGAAUCAAGAGAGCCCGCCAAGUGCCGGUUACACGAGGUCAAUAUUUACAACCACAUGCCGGAAGAACUCGCAGAAACAUAUCGGUCCCACGAGAAUAAAUGGUAUUUUCUGACUUCUCGGGAUCGAAAGUACCCAAGAGGUAAUCGACCUAAUAGAGGUGUACUCGGAAAACAUGGGUACUGGAAGACUACUCAAAUACAAAAGCCGGUGUAUGAUGCCACGUCUGGAGAAAUGGUUGGCUACAAGGGAACUCUUGCGUUUUUUGAUCAGAAUGAUGACAAAACUAUGUGGCUAAUGCAUGAAUAUACAACCAACGGACCCAAUCUUCCUUUUGAAAAAGGAGACAAGUUGAACGAAUGGGUGCUGUGCAAGAUUUAUCGGAAUCCAAAGGAGGUGAUGGAAGAACCCAACAUACCACUGCCCAAGAGACGAAGAGUAUUAAAAAAGAAUGAAAUGAGCUUUUCAAAUCACCAACCCGAACAAGUUGACGUUCAAGAAACUAAUAUCUAUUCAGAUACCUGUGUUGAUCAGAUGGUGGCACCUUCCAACGAUCAGUCUGCUCACACAUGGGUUAACAAUGGCAACACCGUUGGCCAAAUCAGAAUGAACUCCAGCCCCUAUCCAAUUCCAAUGCAACCGAUGACUACCUUUCAAGGUUGGAGUUGUUUAAUACAAGCACCAACACCGUGCUAUCAGAAUCAGUUUACUUCGAUUGCAAGCAACGGUUGUCAAAUUUCUGAUCAUAGUGCUUCAAGUUCUGUUUCUAAUAUUGGACAACCUGCUUCCUCCUCACAACCGCUUGAUGACGGUGCCUACAAAACGCCUACUAGUGAGCAUGGUUUGAAUUCAAUACAACCAGUGCAAAUAAGGGAGUCAUGUUAUCAGAAGAAUAUGUUUUCAUCGACUAAUGCAUGCGACGGUUUUCUGUUUUCAAAUGGUGCUUCGAAUUCUUCUUCUAUGGAACCACUUGAAUGUAGUGGCUACCCACCGGUCUUGGUUCAAAGUUCUUAUGACAAUGCGCCAACCAUAGUCGACGUGCAAAAUGUUUGGGACCAAUCCGCUCAAGGUGAUGCUGCUGCUCCUGUUGAAGUUGAAUUGAGCUCGGAAAGUGUGGACAGAUUUAUAGAACAAUCCAUGGGGGUGCCUCACGAUGAUGCUGCUACUGAAGAUUUUCAUUUUCGUGAUAGUUGCAAGGCAACAAUAUCUUCUCCUUUUGAAGUUGAAUGGAGCUCGGAGAGUAUGGACAGAUAUAUAGAACAAUAUUGUAUGGGGGUGUCUCAAGAUGAUGAUGAUGAAGAUCCGAAAACCCAACUCAACGUCCAAACUGGUUCGAAUCAUUACAUGGUGGACGUAUGUCACGACGAUACUGCUGAUCACCCUAUCCCCCAGCCUCUUGAUGAUGCAGAUAAAUGGAUCUUGAAUAUCGUUUCUUUUGAUUUUUGA